AUGGAUUUCGCUUACGACCACAUCCAAGAGGAGAUCCUAGCUUCCAACCAAUCCGACAAGCACGAAGACGGAAACCCCUCCACCGACUCAAAGAACAUAGACCUCGGCGCCGAAUUCGAAGAGACCUUUCGCGCCUUUUCCAACAGUCCCUGGGGCGCCAAGAUUGGUGGUCUGUGGAGUAAUGUGCGGAAACAAGGCGAGAGCUAUUAUGAAGGUGCCAGACAGGAGUAUGCUGCGGUGAGCGAGGAGGCUACCAAGGGCUUCUCUGGUCUACGCGAUAGUAUUGUCGAUAGAACCAAGGGGAUUUCGCUGGGCGGUGCUUUAUCGGCGAUUUCUCCGGGAAACGAGGAAGCAUCGGGUGACUCUACGACCAAAACUGCAGAUGACGAAAACAAGGAUGAAGGCGAAUCGAAGGACCAGACACAACACGAAGAAGCCGAAGGGUUUAUUUCAAGGUUCCGUGCCGAAGCCGCGAAGAGACUGAAGGAAAUUGAAAAAGCCGAGGACGCAGCCGACGAAGCACUUAUCAGAUUCGGUACGAAUGUUCGCAAUUUCCUACGAGAUGCCGUGAGUAUCGCUCCGCCGGAACAAGGGUCCGACAAAGUACUUUUCGAGAGCAAGGAUUCGGAGGGGAAACGCGUGUUUCAUGCUACUCGCCUUGAAGCUCAGUUACAUGCUAUUCAUACGAAUUUGGAAGGUCUGAAAAAGAACCCGGAUACCGAGCAAUGGACCGAAUUCAACAAAGAGUUCAAUGUGGAGAGCAAGACGGAUGAUAUCACCAAGGAUUUGGAACAAUACCCUGAGCUACGACGUGCUAUGGAGAAGCUUGUUCCGGAGACUGUUGAUUAUAGCGAGUUCUGGUCGCGGUAUUAUUUCCUCCGUCUGGCUGUUGAGACGGAGGAGCAGAAGCGCAAGGAAUUACUAAAGGGCGCUCAUAAAGCCGCCGACGAAGAAGAAGUCGGCUGGGACGAAGACUCCGACUCCGAAUCCGAAUCUCCAUCCACCCCCCACGUGAAAUCCAAGCCGAGCGCCGCGUCCUCCCAAAACCUUACCGUUGUCAACGACUCCAACCUCUUGAGCGAACCCCGUCGAUCCCACGAUCAGCAUUCCCAACCCGAUAGUGAAUCAAGCUACGACGUUGUCAGUGGUGCUACAAGUCAGMCUCCCGCCAGUCCGCGCGAAAAGUCCUCUGCAAAGGUCGAGGAAAGUGAUGAAGAUUGGGAAUAA